AGCCAGGAAGGCCCUGCAUGAUCAAUUAGGUUCGGGGACGGCCCCUCCUCCGCCCGCAGCGCUUGGGCCUGGGCUCUGGGGAUCAGGGCUUGCUGUUCUGGAGAUCCCCGCCUGCUCCGGCACACCUGGGGUGGCAGGGGCUACUGUCAGGCGCUGAGGUCGGCCUUCAAGGCCCCCUCCCCUGCCGCCGCGGAGGGCGGAGCCGGGAGGCCGCCGCCCCGCUCCCAUCCCUGCCCCUGGUCGCUGCCCGCCGGGCGCGGAGAGGGGAGCCAAGCGUAGUGUGAGAACUCCGCGCCUCCAGGCCCAGGCCCCGGGGAACGCGGGGCUCACUGAGGUCCCCAUCCGCGAGUGGCAGGGUCGUGGUGGGUUUCGGCGUAAGGGCCCAGGAGAUCCUGGCAUCAGGCCGUGGGCGGAAACCGCUCUGGGAGCCUCUCCCCAGCCAUGGAUAGCCCCAGUCUCCGAGAGCUCCAACAGCCUCUGCUGGCAGGUGUGGGCUGCAAGACCCCCAUCCAGAAGCCUGGCGAGCCUGAGCUGGGGUCCCUCUUUGGAGAGACAGUCUUUGCUGAGUCUCUGAGGGGUUGGCAGUUCUUGCCACCACCUCUUCCCUCUGUGAGCCCUUACCUGGAGGAAACAGGGCCCGCUGACCUUGAGGAUGUGUCGUCCAGUGACAGCGACUCAGACUGGGAUGGCGGCAGCCUUCUUUCCCCGCUCCUACCCCAUGACCACCUCGGCUUGGCUGUCUUCUCUAUGCUGUGCUGUUUCUGGCCUGUGGGCAUCGCCGCCUUCUGCCUGGCCCAGAAGUGGAACUUGCUAGAACACUCUUCCCCAUUUGGCAUUCCUGUGAGCAUCUCGUGGAGCAUCAUUUCAAGCUGGAUACCUUCGCAUUUCCUUCUUGGUUCCGGGUGACAAAAACACCACCCACUCAAAGGGACAGUUGUGGGGACUGUGAGCUCGUUCAAGCAUGUGAAGCAAGCAGCAGAGGGUCCAUCACAAAAGCCCAAACAUUGGCAACAGGAGCCAGAGACCACGUGGCUCAGCUGUGGGAGUUAUCUCUUAUGGGAUGCUUGCAUGUUCGUGGCUCCUGCCCACUACAUAAAAGCGUGUGUGUGUGUGUGUGUGUGGAAUAGUCAAAUGGUGACUAAAAAUGCCCCCCCCCAAUAUUUCCAGACACUCCUUUGGGGGUGCUGCCAGCCCUGAUAACCAACAGGCCUUAGCUACUUCUGUGUACAGAUGGGAAAACUACAGUCGAGUGUGCUGGCCUCUCCCUGGAUUUGUCUGAACAGUGAGGGCCUGGGCUCAGGCUCACAGUGGGACCUGUGCUCCACUGACGACAGCUGGUCACCUAACUGGCUUCUGAGCUUGUUUCCUCAUCUUAAAAUGGGGACCACAACAGCCUCCCACCUCAUGGGGUUGUUGGGCUGAGCCAGAUUCCCCUCCAAGCCCACUACCCAUUCUCUUUGGACCGUCUCUUCUCUCUUGCCCUUGCUCUACUCAAGCCACACCGGCAGCCUUGCCAUCCUUGACCCUCCGCAGGUCUCUGCCUGGGGCUUGGUUCCCCACGUCCAUGAGUUCUCUCCUUGGCCUCCUCCUGGCUUUCCUCAGAUGUCCCCAUUUUGGUGAAGGCGUCCCUGACUGAUGGAUUAAAUUUGCCAUUUUCCUUUUUUUUUUUUUAAACAGCGUUUACCCUCUGACAAACACCAAUUUUAUUUGUCCAUCACGCCACUGCUCCUUGAACCUGGGACCUGGGUCUAUUGUUCACUGCUGGGUCCUCAGCACCUAGCAGGGCCUGCACACAGUGGGUGCUCAACAGG